ACUGCAACCUCGAAACGAAGGAUCACAACAACAACCAUCGUGUCAGUUCCUAAAAAGUCAUCUUAAGCCGCUCGACCAUUCCUGGCUUUCGGAUAGCUAUUCGAGUGUAUGCAAGUAGGAAUUCGCCCGCGAUUAAAGGGCAGACCUUCGUUGGUUGAUCUGCUCGUGCGUUCAAGCCAUGGCCAGUUGAGUCAGUCAACUGUACCUGCAGCCUCGCCGACGCCAGCUCCACAAUCCGGGUCUCGGACUGUCCCAAUAGCGAACCAACAGGAGGUAGUAGCUUCAUCCUAUCCACUUCCAACCUCGCCAGCUACACCAGAGCUCCCUUCAACAUCGCUAUCGCUGAAUUCCAUUCUACCAUCUUCUCCUCCUCCUCCUCCUCCGCCUUCUUCUUCCGGAUCUUCGCCCGAAUCUGAAGACCCCGCCCCCGGACCGAUAGCUUCCCAAAACAUGGCUCCCAAGAAGUCUUCAGCAGAUGGCGAUAAAGAUGGAGUCCAUACUGGCAAGAUCUACUCCAUCUCCGGCCCCGUCGUCGUUGCCGAGGAUAUGAUUGGCGUGGCUAUGUACGAGUUGGUGAGAGUCGGCCAUGACAACCUUGUAGGCGAGGUUAUUCGAAUCAACGCCGAUCAAGCAACCAUCCAGGUGUACGAAGAGACCGCUGGUGUAAAGGUCGGCGACCCGGUCGUGCGAACGGGCAAGCCCCUCUCCGUCGAGCUCGGCCCCGGCCUUCUCAACAACAUCUACGAUGGUAUCCAACGGCCGCUUCAGUCGAUUGCGGAAAUAUCCAAGAGCAUCUACAUCCCUCGAGGUAUUGCCGCGCCGGCGCUGGACAGAGAGAAGAAAUGGGAUUUCACGCCGACCCUGAAAGUCGGCGACCACAUCGCCGGCGGCGACGUCUGGGGCACUGUCUACGAGAACUCAUUCAUCAACGUGCACAAGAUCCUGCUUCCGCCCCGGGCCCGGGGCACGAUCACCAAGAUUGCAUCCAAGGGGAGCUAUACUGUCGACGAGAAGAUCCUCGAGGUCGAGUUCGACGGCAAGAAGACGGAAUACGGCAUGAUGCAGACCUGGCCCGUCCGAGUUCCCCGUCCGACGACCGAGAAGCUGUCUUCGAAUAUGCCUUUCCUGGUCGGACAGCGAGUCCUCGACGCUCUCUACCCCUGCGUCCAAGGCGGCACCGUUGCCAUCCCGGGCGCUUUCGGCUGUGGCAAGACCGUCAUCAGCCAGUCCGUCUCCAAGUUCUCAAACAGCGAUGUCAUCGUCUACGUCGGAUGCGGCGAGCGAGGCAACGAGAUGGCUGAGGUCCUGAAAGAUUUCCCCGAGCUGUCGAUCGAGGUCGAGGGCCGUAAGGAGCCCAUCAUGAAGCGCACCACUCUUAUCGCCAACACAUCCAACAUGCCUGUCGCUGCCCGAGAAGCCUCCAUCUACACCGGCAUUACUGUCGCCGAGUACUUCCGCGACCAGGGCAUGAACGUUGCCAUGAUGGCUGACUCGACAUCGCGAUGGGCCGAAGCACUGAGAGAAAUCUCGGGCCGCCUGGGAGAAAUGCCUGCGGACCAGGGUUUCCCCGCCUACCUGGGCGCAAAGCUGGCAUCCUUCUACGAACGCGCUGGCAAGGUCGAGACUCUCGGCUCGCCCGCGCGAGAGGGCAGUGUCAGCAUUGUCGGCGCCGUGUCUCCCCCUGGUGGUGAUUUCUCCGAUCCCGUCACGUCCUCGACCCUCGGUAUUGUACAAGUUUUCUGGGGUCUGGACAAGAAGCUCGCGCAGCGCAAGCAUUUUCCUUCCAUCAACACUUCGGUCAGCUACAGCAAGUACACGACCAUCCUCGACAAGUGGUACGAGAAAGAGUACCCGGACUUCCCCCGGCUGCGCGACCGCAUCCGGCAGCUCCUGUCCGACAGCGAAGAGCUCGACCAGGUCGUGCAGCUGGUCGGCAAGUCGGCUUUGUCUGACCCUGACAAGAUCACCCUCGACCUGGCCACCCUGCUCAAGGAGGACUUCUUGCAGCAGAACGGCUACUCCGACUACGACCAGUUCUGCCCCAUCUGGAAGACGGAGUGGAUGAUGAAGCUCAUGAUGGGUUUCCACGAUGAGGCGCAGAAGGCCGUUGCCCAGGGUCAGAGCUGGGCCAAGGUCCGCGACGCCACGCAGGAGUUGCAGGCCCAACUCCGCAGCCUGAAGUUUGAGGUUCCGAGCGAUGGGGAGGACCAGAUUUGCAAGAAGUACGAAUCGAUACAACAGUCUAUGCUCGACAAGUUCGCGUCCGUCAUGGACGAGUAGACGACCCCACGAGACUGCUGCGGGGGAGGGGAAGUCGUGCAGGAAGGAGAGCGGGCGCCAACGGUAAGAUAAGUCGAAACCGAG